CAUCCUCGAAGCUGGAGAAUGGACAUGGAUAUGGCAAUUAUGUUGUCUGGAGCAAGUCAAGUUAUUUGUUUGGUUAUUGAAGAGAGGAAGAAUUCUUACAAAUUUAGUCCACUUUGAGAGACACAUGGCCUCUACUUCAGUUUGCCCUCGCUGCGAGCAAUCACCUGAAACCCCAUUACACCUUUUGCAGGAUUGCUACCACUCAUGGCUCAUUUGGGAUUCCACUAACUCUCUUCCUGAAGACUUCUUCCAGUUGGAUCUUGACCCUUGGAACAAGCUGAUAUUUGAGGUGCAAAGGAUCCCACCGCUGACUAUUACUCAACAAGCAAGCAAAUUGGCUUUGGAAACAGAGAUUGCUUUUGAGGCUAAGGCAACCCUCGCCUUAAAAACUCCCAGAUGGGUCAGUUGGACCCUUCCACCCCAAGACUUCCUUAAACUUAACACAGAUGGAUCACAUGAUGAUAAUUUAGGUAACGCAGCUGCAAGGGGACUUCUUCGUGAUCAAUGUGGGCAUUGGCAUCAUGGGUUUCCUAUGAAUGUGGGCAUUACCACAAGCUUUUUGGCUAAAUUAUGGGGAUGUAGAGAAGGUCUUAAACUCACAAUUUCCCUUGGAGUGCAACAGUUAAUAUUGGAAAUAGAUUCCUUGCUGGCAAUACAACUAAUUCAGUCUCAAAAGUCGAAGGUCUUUCAGCUCCAGAUUCCCCCUGACUUCUUCUCUUCUCAAUUCAGAAAUUUAGGGAUUUCACGAAUUAUGGCGGCAAUCGCAGUUCAGCAUUUGGCUCAGAGCAUAACUUGCCAUGCUUGGAGUCCCGAUCACUCGAUGAUUGCAUUUUGCCCAAAUAACAAUGAAGUUCACAUCUCUAAAUUGAUGCAAGAAAAGUGGGAGAAAGUGCAUGUUCUUCAAAAGCAUGACCAAAUUGUUUCUGGCAUAGACUGGAGUGCAAAGUCAAACCAAAUUGUCACUGUAUCUCAUGACCGGAAUUCAUAUGUGUGGAACCAGGAAGGAACAGAAUGGGUACCAACACUUGUCAUCCUUAGGCUAAAUCGAGCUGCACUCUGUGUUCAGUGGAGCCCAAAAGAAAACAAAUUUGCUGUUGGAAGUGGUGCUAAAACUGUGUGCAUAUGCUAUUAUGAGCAAGAGAAUAACUGGUGGGUAAGCAAACUUAUCAGGAAAAAACAUGACUCCUCUGUGACAAGUGUAGCUUGGCAUCCCAAUAAUAUUUUCUUGGCAACAACAUCAACAGAUGGAAAAUGCCGAGUUUUUUCCACCUUUAUCAAAGGUGUUGAUACAAGGGAAUCAAAUUCAGGCACUCCAGAUUCAAAGUUUGGAGAGCAAAUUAUUCAGCUUGAUCUCUCAUUUUCCUGGGCAUUUGGUGUGAAGUGGUCACCUAGUGGCAAUACCUUGGCUUAUGUAGGUCAUAAUUCAAUGAUUUACUUUGUUGACGAUGUUGGUCCAUCUCCUUUGGCACAAAAUGUUGUACUCCGUAAUUUGCCUCUCCGUGAUGUCUUAUUUGUUUCUGAGAAAAUGGUAAUAGGAGUUGGGUUUGACUGCAACCCAAUGGUCUUUGCAGCAGGUGAAACAGGAAUAUGGAGCUUCAUCAGAUGCCUAGGUGAAAGGAAAAUAGCAUCGUCCCCUUCAAAACAGGGUUCACAGUUCUCUGAAGCAUUUGGCAAACUAUAUGGCCAAUCAAAGCAUGGGUUGAGCAAUGACACAGUUGAACCUUCAGGGGGACAAGGAGUCAUCCAUGAGAAUUGUAUAAACUGUAUCAUGCCUCUAAAGGAGGGUGAAGGCACUCGCGUAAUGAGGUUCAGCACAUCAGGAUUGGAUGGGAAAGUGGCCAUUUGGGAUUUGGAGAACCAGGAAGAUCUUUCCAAUUACUUAUGAACAUCAACCUGAGAAAUGCUAAAUGGUACAGAAUGUUUUUAGUUAUAUAGUUAUACUGCACUGAACUUGUCAAUGGUUGUUUCUUUUCAUAUGAAAAACUUAUUAACGGAUUUGUAUAUUGAUUUAAUCUAAUUUAGACAGUGAGCUUAGAUUUUAGUGAGAUGUAGACUUUGUUAUUGUUCCGAAAACCCUUGUACAUGCAAGCACUCCUAAGCUACGUACUGCCUAGUGCUUUUAAAUUGCAGCUUAUUGUAUUUCAUUCCUGGUAUUAAUGUGUUUUCCGUAAUGAAAAUUUAUCCAUAGA